ACAGCAAUGGAGUCACCGACGACUUGGCCAACAGCUGAAAAUUAUGGAGACGAGAUGGAGAGGGAGGAGGAGGAGGAAGAAGAGGAAGAGGGAGAUGAGGCCAUCACCAAGAGGCUCGUCUUCGAUUGUGCCGAGACGCUGUACAAGCCCGAGCUCCGUCGCAAGGUUGCCGCUGCCUCCAAGAAACAGUCCGUGCUCACGUACCUCAGGAUCCGACCCAAGAGCCAGCGGGAGAUCCUGAGCAUGGACGCCUCCUGCCUCCACCUGCUCAACACGAGAGAGCUGCAGGCAGUGGCGCCCGUUUCUUCCCAGACCUUCAAGAACAAGACUGGGGCCAGGUGUCCGGGCGAGAGCACACAGCAGUUCAGCUUCACGCACAUCUUCGGCGAGACGACCUCGCAGCGAGGCGUGUUCGAGGAGGCGCUGGUUCCCACUCUCAGGGACUUCUUCGACGGACAGAACUGCCUUUGUUUUCACCUACGGAGUAACAAACUCAGGUACAUCUGUCAGUGAAACUUUACCUUGGGCCAGUGGGUAUAAUAUUUCUGUCCUGCAGGUAAAACCUACACCGUGACAGGGACGCUGACAGCGCCAGGCAUCCUCCCUCGAUCCCUCGACCUCAUCUUCAAUUCAGUGAGCCCCCAGCAGAUGAGUUCGUUGGAGUUGCGCCCCAAGAACUUCUCUGAAGCCAUCUACCUCACCGAGGAGGAGGCGGCGAGCGAGCUCACCAGGAGAGAGAGCAUUUUGAACAAGGCCCGUACAGGUGAAGGGAUGAAUGGGGUGGAAGAGGCUGGAGACACUGACACCAGCAGUAACAUCAGCACCCUCUCCAAGGCCUCCUCUAACUACAGCAAGGUCUCCGAGCCAGGAGCCAGUCUGUGUGAGAUCCAGGUGCAGGAUGGCUCCACCAUUGACCUGGAGGACAGCGGCAACGUAUGCUACUCUCUCUGGGUCUCCUUUGCCGAGAUCUACAACGAGUUCAUAUACGACCUCCUGGCAGAGGAGCCGAACCCGAGCAGACGGCGCAGACCUGCUCUCAGACUGGCUGAAGACAAGAACCACAACCACUUUAUCAAAGGUCUGGUGGAGGUGAAGGUGGGGAGUGUGGAGGAGGCUCUGCUGCUGCUGAGGAUGGGAGUGAGACACCGCCACGUGGCUGCCACCAACCUCAACUACCAGUCAUCUCGCUCGCACACAAUCUUCACCGUCAAGAUGAUCAAGGUUUUGGCAGGCUCCGACAAGCCUCAUAGUGCCCUCGUCAACAGGAUCUCCAUAGUGGACCUGGCUGGAGCUGAAAGGUCUAAAGAGACGGGGGCCAAGGGGAUUCGAAUGAGGGAAGCUGGCAACAUCAACAACUCGCUCCUCACCUUGGGGAAAUGCAUCGAGGCCAUGAGACACAACCAAAACAGGAGGAGAGGAGAGGAGCAUAUUGUACCAUUCAGAGAGAGCAAGCUGACCAGACUCUUCCAGAACUACUUCAUCGGGAAAGGGAAGGGAAUCAGACAGGGAAAGAUCACCAUGCUUGUCAAUGUCUCCAACAACGCCUCUGUGUUCGACGAGACAAUACACGUGCUGAAGUUCUCGGCCAUCACUAGUAAAAUUGUCCCGAUAGUGAAGGAGACUGUGCUUGUUAGUCAGUCCCGCCCACCUCCCUUGUCUCGGGUGCUGAGGUCAACUGUCCGACAAGCCACCACCGCUGCAGCGACUCCUGCAGUGGGGAAAUCCGGUCGAGCCCCUGUCGUUAACGAAGAUGAUGAAAAGACAGUCGAAGCCAAGAGGACAGUCUCUAUAGUAGUCUGUGAACGGUGUGAGGCAAAGAAGAAAGAGGUCUCGAGGCUCCGCAGGAAGGUGGGUGACCUGGAGGUUGAGAAGAUGGAGAGCGAGUAUCAGAUAAGACAGGAGGUGUGUCGAGAGUUCCAUGAACAGCUCACCGACAUUGAGGAGACACACAGGGAGGAGUUGGAGGAGCAGGCAGAGGAGAUGCAAGAGAUGUACGACAAGAGAAUGGAGCUCCUCCAAAAGUCAAUGAAGAAAGAGUUCAACAGAAAACGACGUCGCAUUGAGGCAGACGAGGAGGGGGAGGGGGAUGGGGAGAGAGAGAAGAGAGGUGGACCGUCUGAGGGGCAGAGUCUCACGCCUGGAGGAGGAACUCCAGUCAGAGAGAGAGCAUAACGUCACGCUCUCUGCUGAGAUGAAGGACGUGACAGAGACCCACGAGAGCAGAGUUACACGACUCAACCAGCAGAUCAACAGCGUGUCUCUCAGAGCAGCCGAGGCAGAGGGCCAGGCGAUGCAGCUACAGGAGGAACUGGCACACGCCAAGAGUGAAGCAGCAGAUAAAGAGAACAUGCUACAGGAAAAUCUGGCCAACACCGAAAGAAAGGCAGAAGAGAGAGAAAGAGAACUCCUUGCUGUUCAAGAGAGGCUGGACAAUGAAAUCAGAGCUGUACGUACUGAUCUGGAGGAGAGGGAGAGUGUGCUAGUGGCAACUCGAGCAAAGUUUGAACUAGAGCUAACUGCUCUCCAGACUCAGCUGGCUGGGACUAAGGAAGAGGCUGUGGACACUGGGAGUCAACUGAAGGAGAGCCAGGACACGUUCAGUGAUCUACAGACUCAACUGGCAAUGGCCGAGGAGGAAGCAAGUGACAGAGAAGAAAAACUGCAGGAGAAAGUCAGAGAACUGGAAUCAGAGCUGGAGAGAGCUGAGAGGGAGCUGGCAGCGGUUGUAGAGAGGGAAAACGAACUGAGGGAGACAUGUGGGACCCUCCAGCUACAGGUCGAAGAAUCAAAUGCCCAGUUGGCAGAGAAAGAGGCUGAAAACGAGGCUCUGAGGAGCGAUCGACUCUCCCUCAUCUCAGAGUAUGAGUCACGGGAGGGGCAGCUGAGGGAGGAGAUUGCAGAGUUGAGGUCCGAACUGGGGCAGGCAUCGCAGGCAGAAGUCUCUGGCCGACUGGAGAGAGAGUGGGAGGAGAGAGUGCGGCAGGCCGAGGCUGGGAGAGAAGACGCAGUGGCUGAGGUGGAGAUCCUGCAGACCAGGAUCAGCGAGCUCACUCGGGAUGCAGAGCAGGAGACGGUGCUUGCUUUGGAGGUCCAGCUGCAGGAGAGGGUGACUGAGCUGGAGUUAGUUCAGGCAGCCAGCAAGGCCAGCUCUGAGGCAGCACAGGGAGAGAUUUCCAGUCUUCAGGAGCAAGUGGAGGGUCUAGAGUCACAGCUAUCAGCCAGCUCUGAAGCAGCACAGGGAGAGAUCUCCAGUCUGCAGGAGCAAGUGGAGGGUCUGGAGUCACAGCUAUCAACCAGCAAGGCCAGCUCUGAGGCAGCACAGGGAAAGAUCUCCAGUCUGCAGGAGCAAGUGGUGGGUCUGGAGUCACAGCUAUCAGCCAGCAAAGCCAGCUCUGAAGCAGCACAGGGAGAGAUCUCCAGUCUGCAGGAGCAAGUGGUGGGUCUGGAGUCACAGUUAUCAGCCAGCAAGGCCAGCUCUGAAGCAGCACAGGGAGAGAUCUCCAGUCUGCAGGAGCAAGUGGUGGGUCUGGAGUCACAGUUAUCAGCCAGCAAGGCCAGCUCUGAGGCAGCACAGGGAGAGAUCUCCAGUCUGCAGGAGCAAGUGGUGGGUCUGGAGUCACAGUUAUCAGCCAGCAAGGCCAGCUAUGAGGCAGCACAGGGAGAGAUCUCCAGCCUGCAGGAGAAAGUGGCGGGUCUGGAGUCACAGCUAUCAGCCAGCAAGGCUAGCUCUGAGGUAGCACAGGGAGAGAUCUCCAGUCUGCAGGAGCAAUUGGAGGGUCUGGAGUCACAGCUAGUGGAGAAAGAGAGGGUGUUAGCUGCUCUCCAAGCUGCCAAGGCUGUCCAGACUAGUGAAACGCAGGCGAGGGUGGGCUCUCUCCUGGAACAGGUGAUGUUGGUGAAGGUUGAGCUCAGCAGCAGUUGCAUGGAGCUGGCCGAGAGGUGUGGAGCUCACAGCCAGCUGGUCCGGCAAUUGGCAGCAGGGGUGGUGGGCGAACGUGAGGCACUGCAGAAUGAGGUGAAAGAACUGCGGGCACAGCUGGCAGCUCAAGAAACAGAGCUGAAGGCCAGGGAAACAACAGCAGGCGAGGGCCAACUAAGGGAACAGUGGAAAGACGUUGCCUCAGAGAAAGAAACCACUUCCUCUGAGGGAGAGGAGAUGCAGAGUACAGAGGAGGACAGCGGUGCCGACAUCCAUCCAACCUCUACCAUUGAUAAGGUCCCCUCCCCGUCUCCUGUGCCUGAGGGUCUGCCCCGCAGCGACUCCAAACCCCGUGUUGCUGUUCUGGAGCGCAGCUCUCUCCUAAUGGAGGACACCUUCACUGACACCACCACCACCAGAGUUGUUAUCGAUGCCACACCCCCCAUUGCGAGGAAGCGUGGCAGGAAACAAAAGCUCCCAGCGAAGGAGAAUAUCGAGGACCUUCCUAGCAAGAAGUACCCACGGAGAACCAGAAAUAAACCCAAGAGAUUUACAGAGUGUGAUGGUGUACCUAGUCUGAAGGCUCUUUUACCGCGACUACGGCCGAGCAGAGACAAGAAGGUUCUGAGCUCUGCCCAGCCCUCUCCUCCCCCUCCUCCUUCUUCCCCUCCUGGACACCAAUUACGGGCAGCUGAGAGAGCGACACGGUCCAUUAGGACCACCAGACUUCCCAUCAGAAAAUCUCAAAUCUCUGGUCCUCUGGGUCUGCCCGGGACUGGGAGUCCAGCUUUACCACUGUCAAGGUGUAGUGUAGAUAUUGGGCCAAACGCUCCUCCACUUUACCAUGACCACCACUACUAACUACACCUAGCCUCGCCUCUCCCUGUUCAUUAGUCCUGGUCCAAACACUUCUGACUGUGACCUUCAGCCAUUUUGUAUAUAUGAAUACACACACACACCAUUUGUUCACAUACAUCAUUCUGUAUAUUAUCUGAGGAUUAACAAUGAUUAUUAGUUUUUGUGCUAUUUGCUGUGAUCAGUUGAAGAUAAAGUAGCUUGCAGUUCUCCACUUUCUUCCAACUCCUUGACAAUGUCCAGGCCGCCAAUCAGUUGUCCGUUGACGUAGAGUUGUGGGUAUGUGGGCCAGUUGGAGAAUUUCUUGAGCCCUUGUCUCACCUCUUCGUCUGAGAGGAUGUCGAAUGUCCCAAACUUGACACUGAAACAAGACAACAAAAACGUGUUUAAAAACCUGCAUAACUGUGGUGCUGGUGCCACAAUGCAUGUCGCAUUGUAACAAAAUAUGUUGCCACUAAAAGACUGAAAGCAGCACCACGCCAUGAUGAAAAACGGUGG